AUGCAGAGCUCCCCUUUGCUCUCGGCGCUGUGGGUUCAAGCUUGUCUGUGUGUGGUGAGUCCUAACAGGCGACCACAGGGAGAGGGCACGCCGCUGCUGCGUUACCUUCAUCCUGAGGCAAAGGAUCAUGGGAGGAGCAGAGGGAUCAUGGAAUCAGCAGCGGGGAAAGUUGAUCUGCUGCAGCUUCUGGACAUGCAGUCGGCCUCUCAUUACAAUGUCUCAGCAACAGACGAUGGGGGAGGAUGUCCAGCCUAUCAGAUUGGACAGUAUUCCACACUCGUCCUGCCAACGGCUUCAGUCUUUGGACCCGUGUUUCCUGCUGCUGCUCUGUGGGACGGCCUGUGGCACAGGCUCUCCCUGGCCUUCUCUCUAUCCACACUCAGCUUGUACCUGGACUGCAGUCGGCAGGAGAGCACCUCCUGGCGUCACGGCUUGGGACCGCGGAUCAGCACUUUGGGCCUGACGCUGCUGGGAGGAGCUCCCAGUCCUCACCACACACCGUUUACGGGAACCAUCCAGCAGAUGAGCUUUGUCCUGGGAGAUCCUGCAGCAGCCGAGCAGGACUGUCAACAUUACAACAACACUUGUUCAACACUGACUGACACACAGGAGGUUACAGCAGCAGAUGAGGUGACUUCUCAUCCUGGCCUCAGAGAAUCAUCCAGACCAGACGGUUCCCCUCAGGACACAGCUGUGAAGGCCGGACUCCCUGUGCUGACAGGAAGACUGAAUCCAGAGAGCAGCACCUCCGCUCUGAAGACACACACUGCUCAGACUGGUGCAGAAACUCAGACUACAGGCACAACCAAAGGAGAGAGACCAAAGACUGUGGGAGAGGAGACAGUUCUAGCUGGAGCUAAGGAGCCACAGACAUCACAAGUAUCAGGGACACUGAAGGAGACACAGAGAACAGAAGGGAGUUUGACAGUCGCUUCCAACCACACAGCUCACACUGCUCAAGUUCAUCAGCCAUCGGGUGAAGCAACAGAGGGCUUCACAAGUAAUGAUGCAUCUGUGGGGCAGCGAGUGGAGACGUCUAUUUCAAGUCCAAACAUCCAACCUGAGAACCCAACAGCUCAAGGCUCCACCACAGAAUCAGGGUUUGAUGCUUCCAGUGUGGACGCUUCACCUGACGGAGGAACAGAGGAGGCCAAACAGGAUACUUCACCAGCAAUGAUUACACCUCCAGCUUCUGCAGUCACUCAUCCCUCCCUGAAGGUUGUGGCAGCAGAAGAGGACACAUCAGCGGAGGGAGAGGGACUACAGGGACCACCUGGACUAACAGGGCCAUCAGGACCUAAAGGAGACAAAGGAUAUCAAGGUGUUAUGGGCAGGACUGGGCGGACAGGAUACAGAGGCCCCAUUGGUCCUCCAGGGAUGCCGGCCAUUGUUGUAUUCAAAACCUCUGAGGAAGGAUGGGUGGCUUUCAAGAAAAAGAAGAUCUACAAAAAGCUGGUGUCCUCCUGGCCAAAAGUUAAAGGGCGUAUGGGGCCUCCUGGACCUCCUGGAGAUGCCGGACCAAUUGGGCCGCCUGGAAUUACUGGGAAACAAGGACCAAGGGGAGCUCAAGGGACAAUGGGUAGUCCAGGGCCAAGGGGUCUGCCGGGGCCCCAGGGCCGACCCGGAAGAGAGGGGACCCCAGGAGUAGGCGCUGACCCGGGCCCUCCAGGCCUACCUGGAGAACAGGGUCCCAUGGGCUACAGAGGAGAGGAUGGCAGUAAAGGGGAGCUGGGUGAGUGGGGUUAUGAAGGAGAAGCUGGACCACAAGGAGACAGAGGACGAACCGGAGACAAGGGAAAUGAUGGAGUUAGAGGCUUUGUGGGGCUCCCUGGCUACAUAGGAAUGCCCGGAGCCAGGGGUCCUCCUGGUUUUCCAGGACCAUCAGGAACUCUAGGAGCGAUUGGAGCUCAAGGAUUCAGUGGACCGCCAGGCCCACCUGGCAAAAUUGGCUCCGGAGGACUGAAAGGUGUUUUAGGAGUGAAAGGACCUCCGGGAGAACCAGGUCCUGAGGGCACAGUUGGAUUUCCAGGUGUUCGUGGUCCUCAGGGGAAUCCAGGACCAGCUGGACCAGUGGGUCCUAAAGGAGACCCUGGUGAUCUGGGAGAUGAAGGAGAUAUAGGAGAACCUGGACCACCUGGACUUAAUGGGAAUAAAUCCAAGCGAGGAGACAAGGGCGAUUCAGGGUUUCAGGGAGACAUAGGGCCUCCAGGGCCUCCAGGUAAACAGGGCUCAAAGGGCCGUCGAGGCCCAUUGGGGUUAGAGGGACUUGAAGGACCAACAGGGCCAUCAGGACCUCCUGGUUCGAGCGGGUUUGAUGGCAUCAUGGGGGAGCAAGGAAAGCAGGGAAAAGAUGGUCCAAAGGGAGAUCGAGGGCCAACUGGUAUUCAAGGAGCCGCUGGGCCUCGAGGUGACAAGGGUGAAGCUGGCAGUAGUGGAUUGGAGGGAACACCAGGAAAACCAGGAGACAGAGGUGUUAAAGGUAAAGUAGGCCUCAGUGGACAUCCAGCGGAUGAAGGAUUAAAGGGUGAGAUGGGCAUGUCUGGACCACGAGGAUACAGAGGAGCUCCUGGUAUUCAGGGCAACAUAGGACCGUGGGGUGAGGUUGGGCCCCGUGGCCUCCCAGGUGACCAAGGACCACAAGGUCCUGUGGGUCCUCAAGGAGUUACAGGUUACUCAGGAUCUACAGGGGCUUUGGGGCAAGAGGGAGUUGCUGGUCUCGAUGGUGAGGAGGGUGAUAAGGGGGACACUGGACCUCUUGGAGAUAAAGGGCCGAAGGGAGCUAAUGGGGACACUGGCAAUCAAGGGCUAAAUGGAACCAAGGGUAUGCCAGGAAAACAGGGAUACAUGGGAGUGCAGGGAGUCAGAGGAAAACAGGGGGUUCUGGGUCUCAAGGGUGAUCCAGGCCUGAAAGGCCCAUCAGGCAUGCCUGGACGGUUUGGCCUGGGGGGCAACACUGGGAUGACAGGACGCAAAGGCCAGAAGGGGCUCCAGGGACCAGCUGGCAGUCACGGUGAAAAGGGCAAACUCGGUCUUCCAGGCGUCACAGGAGACAUGGGCAUAGGAGGUGAAAUCGGUGCAAAAGGAGAACCUGGAGCACGAGGCAUUGCUGGGGAACUGGGGAAGAUCGGUUUCCUCGGCUCUGCUGGUGCGAAAGGUCGACCUGGACCUGCUGGUCCUCGUGGAAUUCCAGGAGCUAAAGGAAAUCAAGGGCCAAAGGGCUUGAGUGGACUGGACGGGUUACUGGGGGUUGAGGGUAAUGAAGGAUAUACGGGGGGCGUUGGUUUCAGAGGAGCUCCUGGAGCACCCGGCUGGUCCGGCAAGAUGGGUAAAACUGGACAAAAAGGACCACGUGGACCUCCUGGACCAAUUGGGCCAAAGGGUAUUCAAGGACUGACAGGAGAGAAGGGGGAAUCUAGAAGAAUUGGUACCAAGGGUCUCCCAGGAGAAACAGGGAUAUUUGGACCGAUUGGUCCCCUGGGGCUGAAGGGGAAUCCCGGUUUGCAGGGGAACAAAGGACAAAUAGGUCGUAAAGGAAAACAGGAAUAG